AUGGCGGCUUCCGAAGUUUUGGGCUUUGAGCACAUGGGGCUGGACCCUCGGCUCCUACAGGCCAUCGCAGAGCAAGGCUGGGCUCGGCCCACGCUCAUCCAAGAGAAGGCCAUUCCCCUGGCGCUGGAGGGGAAGGAUCUGUUGGCUCGGGCCCGCACCGGCUCGGGGAAGACCGCUGCUUAUGCCAUCCCCCUGCUGCAGCAUCUGCUUCAUAGGAAGGCGACAGGACCAGUGGUAGAACAGGCUGUUCGAGGCCUUGUUCUUGUACCCACCAAGGAGCUGGCACGCCAGGCACAGACCAUGAUCCGUCAGCUGACAGCAUAUUGUGCCCGGGAUGUUCGUGUGGUUGAUGUGUCGGCUUCAGAGGACUUUGCUUUUCAAAGGCCCUUGCUAAUGGAGAAGCCAGAUGUGGUAGUGGGCACACCAUCACGAGUGCUAAGUCAUCUGCUUCAGGGAAACUUGAAUUUGCGUGACUCUUUGGAGCUGCUUGUAAUGGAUGAGGCUGACUUGCUUUUUUCCUUUGGCUUUGAAGAAGAGCUUAAGACCCUUCUUUGCCACCUGCCUCGGAUAUACCAGGCCUUCCUCAUGUCAGCUACUUUUAAUGAAGAUGUUCAGGCCCUCAAGGAGCUUGUAUUGCAUAAUCCGGUAACCCUGAAGUUGCAGGAAUCCCAGCUUCCAGGGCCAGAUCAGCUGCAGCAGUUUCAAGUGGUCUGUGAGACAGAGGAGGACAAAUUCCUGUUACUCUAUGCCCUGCUAAAGCUAUCUUUGUUGCGGGGCAAGUCCCUACUCUUCGUUAACACCUUAGAACGAGGUUACCGCCUUCGCCUUUUCCUGGAGCAGUUCAGCAUUCCUGCCUGUGUGCUCAAUGGAGAGCUGCCUCUGCGUUCCAGGUGCCACAUCAUCUCACAAUUCAACCAAGGCUUCUAUGACUGUGUCAUUGCAACUGAUGAGGAAGUGCUGGGGGCCCCUGUUAAGGGCAAGCGUCGGGGCCAAGGAUCCAAAGGAGAGAGGGCCUCUGAUACGGAAUCAGGUGUGGCACGUGGCAUUGACUUCCACAAUGUAACAGCUGUGCUCAAUUUUGAUCUCCCCCCUUCCCCUGAGGCCUACAUUCAUCGAGCUGGCAGGACUGCACGUGCCAACAACCCAGGAACAGCCCUGACCUUUGUCCUGCACACAGAACGUCCCCAGCUAAAAGAAAUUGAGGAGGCCCUCGGGGGAGAAAGUGCAGAGUCCAUGUUUCUUCCCUACCAGUUUCGGAUGGAGGAGAUUGAGGGCUUCCGAUACCGCUGCCGGGAUGCCAUGCGCUCUGUGACAAAACAAGCCAUUCGGGAAGCCAGGCUGAAGGAGAUUAAAGAGGAGCUUCUGCACUCAGACAAGCUUAAGACCUACUUUGAGGACAACCCUAGAGACUUACAGCUCUUGCGACAUGACCGGCCCCUGCACCCUGCAGUGGUGAAGCCGCAUCUUGGCCAUGUUCCUGACUACUUGGUGCCCCCCACACUUCGUGGCAUUGCCCGUCCUCACAGCAGGCGGAAACGGAACAGACCCUUCACCUCUCACAGGAAAUUUAAGGCCCCAAAGACACAGAACCCUCUUCGAAGCUUCAAGUACACCAAGAGGAAGCCAAGGACCUCUGCCUCUUCAGCUAAGCACUCUUGAGGUUGCCCACCCAGCCCUGGGCCUGGGUGUCAGAUGUUCCUCCUCCCUUUCCUUAGCAACUGGCCAACUACUUGUUUGUCACCUUUGAUGGAAGGCUGGCCGGCCCUGUGCUGUGCAGUGACUCUUGAACUCAGUGUGGAAUCUGCUUAAGAGACUGGACUCCCAAGGGCCAGAUAGUGUUGGCCUCACCCCUUGUUGAGAUGGCAGAUUCUGUUCCCCAGGCUGCAGCGUGCUGUGUCUCUCCUCUGCCAGCAGGGGUUGCCAUGCAUAGGCUCAUGGACAGAGCUGGAAGGAACUAAGAAAUAGUUGAGCUCCAAUGAUCAGUGGGAUGCUAUAAUAAAUGGAAUGAAGUAUGUCCUAAUUCUUCA